UAAUGAGAGCAACUCAGGCUCGUCCAGGGAUGAAGCCAGGAUGGUCCAGAGGACACCACACAUUCAGGUUUCCCCGGUGCUUUUGGCAUCUUCCUGGGAUGCUGCUCCCACAGGAAAAGAUGCCUUUAUCUUACCCAUGCAGGGACUCGCAGGAGAUGCUGUGCUCAGCAGGGCUGAGUUGGGAUUAAACUGCUGAGUCCUAUGGAGCGCAGUUUCCCGGCCCAAUCCGGGUCUGCAGGAUCAAAAAGGGAUCUUCCCUGUGGUCACUGCCCUUUGGGGGAGCCGAGCCAUGAUGUGGGACACGGUGGUGAGCACCACAUUCGGGUUGGCAGCGCUGGGUUUGCCCUGCAGAUGCUGGGGGAAGCUUUGGGUUGGGAUGGCAGCGAGCGCCUGAGCUGCUUUCACUCUUACCCUCGAGCAGGCCUUGCUCUGGUUUGUUUGCAGUGUUAUAAAACAGAGUGACAGCUCCUGCAAGCAGCCUAGAAUCCUGUCUGGAGAGGCUCAGGUUGGAGCCUGAAGGACCCAGACAGGUGGUCCCCAUCUACUGGGGGGUCCCUCACUGCCUGUGAGACCCUGGGAGGAGGAAGCACCAAGCCAGGGAGCAAAGCAGGACCCUGGGCACGGGGGAGGCAGAGCACCAGGCCAGGCUGGAGGGUGCCCGGGUUAACAUGACCGAGGUGGAACCCGUGCUGGACUUCGCAUCCUCCGGGAGGACGGGCAGGCGCAAUGCCCUGCCUGACAUCCUGGGCUCUCCGGCCGGUGUCAGCCCCGCUGACCUGCCCCUCAAGCUGGCAGAGAUGUCCCUGAGCGCAGGCAGCGCUCAGGAGAUGCAGUCCCCCUCGGCGGAGGUGCCCCCUCCGCAGCCCCCCAGCCCCGAGCUGAAGGACACAUCCUAACCCCGCUCCAGGGGGGGCCAUUGCUGACCAGCGGAGGAAGGAGGAGGCUGUGGAGCAUCAGCCCAGCUUCCCUGGCACGGCCGGAGUCCGCUGGGUUCUCCUCGGUGCUGCCAUCGGGCAUCAUCCCCCCGCCAUGGGGCGAGCAUCGCACGGGGACCUGUCGGGAUGAUUCCCAAGGGGCAAUUCCCACCCGGGGCGAGGACUCGAGGGAGGAAUGUGUUUGUCCUGGGACGCUGGGCAGAGCCGAGCACAGGGGGCUCUCCGGGGGGGCUCCUCCUGGCCGCAGGAGCAGCCUGUGGUGUUUCUAGCUGAGUGUGGUGUUCACUGUGAUGUUUUGGGUACCA